UCGGUGUUCGCGGACCGGUCGUGAUUUUUUUUGGGUUGCCCAUGCCUUCAGAACUAGCCCAUCUGUCCUCUGCAGCACUGUCCGUCUCGUCACAUCAAUCGCAUCGCAUCACCAGACCAGAACGGCUAGUAGGCAGAGCAGAGAGGCAUGAAUCUGCAGGGGAGAGAGCAAUGGAUGAGUCUGCAGGGCAGAGAGCAAUGGAGGAGGAGAUGCAGAGCGGCGACGGCGAGAGGGAGAGGGAAGGGGAGCCGCGGCGGCUUGAGAAGACGAACAGAUCCGCGGCCAGCAAUGGCAGCAUCGAUCUGGAUCUUCUUGACUGCACCAUCUGCUUGGAUCCCCUCCGCCCUCCGCUCCUCCAGUGCACAGUUGGGCAUGUAAUCUGCUCGUCCUGCCACGACAGCCUACCGAACAAGGACAGCUGCCACAUUUGCACGGCCACCGGUGGCUAAAAUCGAUGCAUCGCGCUCGACAAAAUCCUGGAGUCAUUCUGUGUUCCUUGCUCCAAUCCCGUGUACGGGUGCACUGUGAAGACACUCUACUACAAGGCUGAAGAUCAUCGCAAUUCGUGCCCGCACGCGCCAUGUUUCUGCCCAGGACCCGCCUGCAGCUUUGCCGGCACAACUGACAAGCUCCUGGCUCAUCUCACCGGCGAUCACAAGUGGAAAUCCAAGGAGGUUAAGUACGACGCCAAGUUCACUCUGCCUGUCAAAGAAGGGACGUGGGUUCUCCACGCCCGAGACCACGCUCCCCUGUUCCUGGUGAAAUUCACCCUGGCGCCGCCUUUCGGCAAUGUUGCCUCCGUCCUGUGCGUGGAUCCUCAUGCCACCGCUGAGCGUAGGUUCAGGUGCCGUCUUGGUUCCAGGUGCACCGCCAUGGGUCAGCAGCAGUCCUCUGAUUUCCAGGUCAGGAGCACCAACCUCUCCGACGGGUUACUGUUCACAGAGAAUGAUGGCUCCUCACUGUUUGCUUCUAGCACCCACAGCAUCACUGUCAGUAUCGUGAAGAUAGUGCGCGACAAGCGUAAGCGUGGGAAGGCGAUGCGGCAAAGUAUGCUUCCGUUUGUGGCAGCUAGUUGAUCAGUGUUUCUGCGAAGAUAGUCUGUCGUGUCAAGCGUAAGCGUGGGAAGGAGGUCGAACAAAUUACACUUCCGUACGUGGUAGCUAGUUGAUCCAUGUUGGCUAUAUGCAUAAAUCGAUGGACAGGCUGGGGGUACUUGAAGUGAUGUACAUGUUUACAGAGUUGUUGUUCAGGUACCCAUGUGUGCAUUUACUUAAUGCUUCCAUUCCAAUAUCGAUGUCAUUUUGGCUAGCUGAAAGCAGAUAGUGUAUGCUCCAUGGAGAAGUUCCUUCUGCUUUUUUGGAUUAGUAGACUCCGUUAACUAAUUGUGUGCCUACCUGCUUUUUGAUAGCUUGCUAUUGGUUAGACUUAGUUUGAAAAAUUUAUGCAAGUUUUGACAUGAUAUUUAAGAUGUUGGGUGACCUCUUUUCGGCAGCUCUGCACAUGUUGUUACUCUCUUGUUCAAGCUCUGGUACUAAGAUUUUGAUUAGCAAGUACUACUAAACAUGCACUUGUGUUAUAUGUAAAGUAGUUGCAUGCCAUGUUGAGAACUUGCCUUCUUGGUUCUUGAUUCUUUGAGUUAUUACCUGGUUCUGGUUUUUUAUCGGUAAGACUACCGAGAUGCCGCCGUUUCACUUUGCCUCUAAUAUCUCCAUUCUUUCACCAUGAUGGACGGCUGCAGCAACACACAUCUUUAUUUUCUCUACCCACAUGCUCUUGUUCUGCAUGACCAGAUGUCCAAAACAUCGUCGUGUCAGUGCUGGCCAAGGAAAUUCAGAUGUUUGUCAUGUAGGUGAUCUCUAUGUUAGGUUCAAGGUCAGCCUCAACACUCAAUGGGAGGUUUAUCCCUUAUAAAAUAUAUAUGUGGAAAAUAGAAAAUAUAUUAGAUCUUGUUUGGUCAGGUAAGCAGUAUCGUGAUUUGAAUGCCAAAAGUAUUUAAUUCCAAAGUUGUUUUUUGUGCACAAGCUUACCUGAGUGCAAUCAUCAUCUAUGUUUAUGCACAUGAUUUUCAAAUUUCAGUAAGCUCGGACUGCUAGAGUGAUUAUUGAGAGUAAGUUAUUCAUUGGUGUUAGACUGUCAGUACAAUGGCAUGUAAAAUAUUUUGUGUUGUGAUGAAUUAAAUCACCUCUGCCCUCUUCUGUUGUACUCCAGGGUUGGUGAAACUGCCGGCUGCAUUUGAGGAAGGUUAUGCUGAGAAUCAACUGUUUUGCUCAACAAAGAGCCAUUAAUCAUCUUGACCAUGCUGUAUAUGUCUUCUGAUUUCUUCAGUUAAAUGGCCAUGGAUUGUUGAACUUUUUCUACUGUGCUACACUCCCUUAUGAUAUGUAUCUCUAUCAGGAAAUGCAGA